GUGAUUGUUGAUAGAUUGACCAAGACCGCCAGGUUCAUUCCCAUGAAUGAAACUUGGAGCAUGGAUAAGCUAGCGAAAGCCUACAUCAAGCAUGUGGUGAAGUAUCAUGGUGUACCCCGAGAUAUUGUAUCUGACAGAGACUCCAGAUUCCUAUCUCAAUUCUGGAGGGAACUUCAAGCUGCUAUGGGGACCACUUUGAAACUGAGCACAGCAUUCCAUCCUACUACGGACGGUCAGACCGAGAGGACUAUUCAGACACUUGAGGAUAUGCUGAGAGCCUGUGUGCUGGACUUGCAAGGAUCAUGGGACGAACACUUAGACCUAAUAGAGUUCUCGUACAAUAACAGUUACCACGCGAGCAUUAAGAUGGCUCCGUACGAGGCUCUAUACGGUCAAAAGUGUCGAAGUCCAUUGUGUUGGGGCGAUAUGGUAGACCAGGUUGUCUUAGGGCCGCAAUACUUGCAAGACACGAUGGAGAAGAUCAAACUCAUUCAGGCAAGGAUGAAGGCAGCGCAAGAUAGACAAAAAUCAUAUGCGGACCUAGGAAGAAAACCAGCUGAAUUUGAGGUGGGAGAGAAAGUACUUCUCAAGGUCUCUCCUACUAAAGGCGUUAUGAGAUUCGGGAAGAAGGGCAAGCUGAGUCCUCGAUUCAUCGGACCUUACGAAAUUCUAGAGAAGGUGGGAAGAGUGGCUUACAGAUUGGCUCUACCCACAGAAUUGAGUAAGGUACACGACGUAUUCCAUAUAUCCCAACUGAAGAAGUAUGUCCGUGAUGAGGCGCAUAUCCUAAACCCAGAGGUGAUCGAGUUGGAUGAAACCUUGACGUAUGAAGAGAGACCUGUGAAAAUCUUAGACACGAAGACACGUGAAACUCGGAGAAAGGCCAUUCGAAUGGUCAAAGUUUUGUGGUCAAAUCACUUGGCUGAAAACGCCACAUGGGAGACGGAGGAUGACAUGAGAAAACGUUAUCCUGAGCUAUUUAGUCAAG